AUGCCCAAGAACAAGGGAAAGGGCGGUAAGAACCGCAGACGUGGAAAGAACGAGAACGACAACCUCAAGCGCGAGCUCGUCUUCAAGGAGGAGGGCCAGGAGUAUGCGCAGGUCAUCAAGAUGCUUGGCAACGGCCGCCUCGAAGCCCAGUGCUUCGACGGCGAGAAGCGCCUCGCCCACAUCCGCGGCAAGAUGAGGAAGAAGGUCUGGAUCAACCAGGGCGACAUCAUCCUCCUCUCCCUCCGCGAAUAUCAAGACGAAAAGGGCGACGUCAUCCUCAAGUACAACUCGGACGAGGCCCGUUCGCUCAAGGCCUACGGCGAGCUGCCCGAGACGGCCAAGAUCAACGAGACGGACACGUACGGCGGCGAGGGCGACGAGGGCGGCAUCGGCUUCGAGUUCGACGAGGACCGCUCCGACGACGACGAGAACAACCUCAAGGAGGCCGACAUUGACGACAUUUGA